CCCCCUGCCCGCAGCAUGGCCGAGGGGGGCUCUGGCAGCUCGGGCUCCCCGGGCAGCCUCCGGCCGGGGGGGCCCCGGGGGGUGCUGGGCAGGCGCCCCCCCGCGCCCCCCCUCAGCCCGGGCCGCCUGCCCUCCAUCCGCUCCCGGGACCUCACCCUGGGCGGCGUCAAAAAGAAAACUUUCACCCCCAACAUCAUCAGCAGGAAGAUCAAGGAGGAGCCCCGGGAGGAUGUGGCGGUGAAGAAGGAGAAGAAGGAGCGGGAGCGGCAGCGGGACGGGCACGGCCGGGGCCGCAACCGGCCCGAGGUCAUCCAGUCCCACUCCAUCUUCGAGCAGGGCCCCGCUGAGAUGAUGAAGAAGAAAGCAGGCUCCUGGGACAGGAGCGUGGACGUGUCCGACUUCGGCCCUUCCCACAUCAUCAACAUCAAGAAGGAGAAGAGGGAGACGGACGAGGAGACCAAGCAGAUCCUGAGGAUGCUGCAGAAGGAUGAUUUCCUGGAUGACCCGGGGCUGAAGAACGACAUCCGGAACAAGCCGGUGCAGCUGCCCCUGGCACACUCGGGGUGGCUCUUCAAGGAGGAGGUGGCAGAGCAGGAGGACACACAGCCAUGGCUGCCUGCAGCCAAGGAGGAGAAGAUGGAGCUGGACCCACCAGCAGUGAAAGUGAAGGAAGAGCCCUGUGAGGAGGAUCCCAAGCCAGCCCAGCCCAAGGGCCCCCCCGGGUUCCCACGGGAUGUGUCAGCAGCAGAGCUGCUGCAGAGGCUGAGCCUGGCCCAGGAGGAGGAGCUGCUGUUCCUGCAGCUCCCUGACACCCUGCCAGGGCAGCCCCCCAGCCACGACUCCAAACCCAGCAAGGCUGAGCUGCACAGCGAGGACGGGCAGGUGCUGCUGGUGAAGCAGGAGAAGAGCCAGGAGGCCAAGCAGGCAGAGAACAUCUGCACCCUGGCCGACCUCCCCGAGGGCCAGGUGGGGAAGCUGCUCAUCCGAAAGUCAGGCAAAGUGCAGCUGGUGCUGGGCAAGGUCACCCUGGACGUGACCAUGGGCACCCCCUGCUCCUUCCUACAGGAGCUGGUGUCCGUGGGCAUCGGGGACAACCGCACGGGUGAGAUGAUGGUGCUGGGCCACGUCAGGCACAAGCUCGUCUGCUCCCCGGACUUUGAGGCUCUCCUGGAGCACAGGCACCGAUAGCCCAGGGGGUCCCAGCCCCCCCAGAUCCCAGGAUGGACCUUCAGCCCCUCCAGAUGUGCCUUUGGGACGUGGGCAGGGGGCUGGGAUUGCAAUCCCAUGCUGUGAUCCUGAGGGAUCCAGAGCCAGCUCCCAGCUGCUGUCCGGCCGUGUCCCCCACACCAGCGGCUGCCCCCGGUGCCAAACGGGGAUCUUGGGGUGUGUGGGGGCUCUGGGGUGUCCCCCAGCUCUGUGGACACGCUGGUGGGAGCAGGACACACGUCCUGGGGGAAAAACCUGGAAUAAAAGCUCUGUUCCCCCUGUGUCA